AGGCCAGAUAUAGUUUAUGUAUAUGUCCAAUACCGCUAUAUGCCAAGCGGCAAUUGAUUCUGAUGCAAACUGACUGCCAAGCAAGCGCUGCUGAGUCGAAACCUGAGUUUACCAUGGCUACUGAAAUUUUUAACAAAGACACAACCCUUGAGCUUAGGAAGAAGCACAUUGGGCCUUCCUGCAAGGUGUUCUUUGCCAAGGAUCCCAUUAAGAUAAUCCGUGCCAAAGGACAAUACAUGUAUAAUGAGAAGGGUGAAAGGUACCUGGACUGUAUCAACAAUGUUGCGCAUGUGGGACACAGCCAUCCAUAUGUAGUGAAUGCUGCAGUCAAACAAAUGGAGCUGUUGAACACCAACUCUCGCUUCCUGCACGACAACCUGGUCCAGUACGCCCAGCGCCUCACAGCCACUCUGCCAGAGCAGCUUUCCAUUUGCUACUUUGUGAAUUCGGGCUCUGAAGCUAAUGAUCUUGCCCUUCGACUGGCUCGACAGCACACUGGUAAUGAGGACAUCAUAACACUCAACCAUGCGUAUCAUGGUCAUGUGUCGUCCCUGAUUGAUAUCAGCCCUUAUAAAUUCCUUCAGCUUGGCAAAAGCGCAAAGAAGGAUUUUGUACACGUGGCCUCUUCUCCUGAUACUUAUAGAGGGCAAUUCAGAGAGGACCAUCCAGACCCUGCUACUGCUUAUGCAAGUGAAGUAAAGGAUAUUCUACAGGAAACUCGCAAAAAAGGUCGAAAGAUUGCUGCCUUUAUUGCUGAGUCCUUGCAGAGUUGCGGAGGUCAAAUAAUUCCACCAGCAGGCUACUUCCAGAAAGUGGCACAGCAUGUGCGUAAAGCAGGAGGAGUGUUUAUAGCAGAUGAAGUACAAGUCGGCUUUGGCCGGGUCGGGAAGCACUUCUGGGCCUUUCAGCUUCAAGGGGAAGACUUUACACCAGAUAUUGUCACUAUGGGGAAACCCAUCGGUAACGGUCAUCCAUUGUCCUGUGUGAUCACCACCAAGGAAAUUGCUGAAUCCUUCAUGUCGUCCGGGAUGGAGUACUUCAAUACAUUUGGAGGGAACCCAGUGUCCUGUGCAAUUGGGAAUGCCGUUCUGGAUGUCAUUGAAAAACAGGACCUCCAGGGAAAUGCAGAUAAAGUGGGGAAUUACUUAAUCCAGCUGCUAAACGAGCAGAAAGAAAAGCACCCUCUUAUUGGAGACAUAAGGGGCGUUGGCUUGUUUGUUGGUGUGGAUAUGGUGACAGACAGAGUGAAAAGGACUCCUGCCACCGCUGAAGCACAACAUGUCAUUUACAAACUUAAAGAACAGAAUGUCCUCCUGAGUGCAGAUGGUCCUCACAGGAACAUCUUGAAGUUCAAACCGCCUAUGUGCUUCUCUGAAGAGGACGCCAAGUUUGCGGUGGAUAAAAUAGAUGCGAUUCUAACAGCUAUUGAAAAGGCAGCCAUGGUGAAAACAGAGAAUGUGGAAUCAAAUGCUGCUGAAAAUGGAACUUGUAAACGGAAGAAAAGGAUAUUUUACAAAUUGUAAACUCUGAUGCAUAGGAGAGCCCUAGCGGCUGUUUUCUGUGCUCUGGAUCCCCAUCAAUGCCCUGUCAAUGGAUGCUAAAUUACUGCACUUGAUACUAACAUGCCAAGAUCUCAGAAUGUCACAAAGUUUGUAAUUAUCUCCGGUCUUCUGUGGAGCAACACCACAGGCUCACAGCUGUUAAAUGCACAGCAAGGCAAGGCCACGUGACUCCAUUCUUCUUGUUUCCUAAAUCGAUUUCACAUUCAGUGUCAACUUGAAAACACUUGCUUGGAUAUAGGAUACAAAACAACAGAUAGCUUAUGGAAGAAAACUUGGAAGCUGUCCAUGGCAGGCUGCCUAUAUAAUACAAAGGAACAUGUUAUUGUCAGCGCUAACAUUACAUCACAGUUGGAGCACAAACAUGUGCUCUGAAAGUUCUUCACUCACACUAUUUUUGUUAUGUAGAAAGCUCAAGUUUCUGGUAAACAACAAGGCAAUUCAGUUAACUUCAAUCAGUUUUCAUGUUUGUACUGAUCUCAAACAAAUACUGACUCACAUCCA